UUGUUCUCAAAUGGAUCCCUGGUUUUGAUGGCGGGGACAGUCAAACAUUUACUAUCAGAUACAAAAAAUUAGGCGAUGGAAGCUGGAUGGUUAUUCCCAUACACAUUUCUCACUAUGAAUGGACAGUCGAUGGUUUAAAGUCGGGAACGACAUACCAAAUUCAAAUGAUGGCACAAAACAAAAUAGGAAAGUCGAAUUGGACAGAAGCAAUACACGUAAUUACUCUACUGGACACAGUAAGCAGUGACUCUUCAACAUCCGCUCUUGGUGGAGCUGUAGGUGGAAUAUUUGGAGUUGGUGUCAUAAUUGCAGUGUCCAUCCUGAUCUGGCGGUACAGAUCACAUGGGCUAAACACAACAAAGCAAUGCCUAACGAAAAGGAACCCAGUUGAGAAGUAUGAAGAUCUGGUCCGAGGACAGGGCAACACCGACGUCCCAUCAACAGGUGGAAGUUAUGAAACAUGUACCAUCGCAGCCUCAGCACACUCCCGUCAUGCCAAUCAGUAUGAAACACUUGAGGAGCUUGAAUUUCGUGAAUACUCGAGGAUUUCGGCGUGUUAUUCUCAACAAGACAAUGCUAUGUCUGCAAAGAUGUACGCAUCGGGGCAAACUGAUGCGUCAACGAAUGACCCGGACUACCAAAAUUAACAUAAAUAAAUGAAUGAAUGUGCUGGUAUUUUUAUAGUGUUUUUUUUUUUAUCUUACGUGCAGGUAAAAUUAGCUACACGGAGUUACCCCAUUUGCUUAUUGUGAUAGAACUUUCUAUACGUGAACAUUAUUUAAAACAUGCAAGGAAAACAUGAAAGAUGUUUGCUCUUUCAUUGAUAGUUAUUUUAAAGUAUAAAACACUGUAUCUGAUAGUUGAAUAUGUAUUUAGAAUGUUAAAUAAUCGAUAUUGU